AAGGAGCAGCACACUCAGAGGAAUCCAUCAUUCAGAAGGAAGGUCGUUUUUACAGGAGCCUGUCAUCAUGUUUCCAGCAGCGGUCUCAGUUGUGGUUUGCAUUGCCCUGGCUCUCAGCAGGGCUGCAGCCCAGGGUGAGGAGGAGAAUGUAGUGGAGAAGAGGGAGAUGUCAAUGUGCCAAAGCACCUGUUCAGAUGGAGGGGUCAGUUUCAACGGCCAGUGCUACCACUACUACAGUGUGACGAAGACAUGGGCAGAUGCUGAGCUGCACUGCCUCGGCCUCGGGGGGAAUCUCGCCUCCGUACACAGUGAUGAUGACAACCAGUUCAUCCAGAAUCUGAUCAAGAGCAAUGAGAAGAAGGUGUCUCUUACCUGGCUGGGGGGCUCAGACUGCUUCAAGGAGGGUUCAUGGAUGUGGACCGACGGAUCGAAAUGGGACUACAACCAUUGGAACAAAAAUGAGCCCAACAACCAUGGAGUUGAAAACUGUUUGCACACCAACUGGGGAGGCUCUGGAGGUUGGAAUGACUACUCUUGUACAGCACAAUAUCCAUUUGUCUGUGUGACCAAGUUUUAAGUGACUAUGAUGAACUCAAGAUUUGAUGUAUAAUCCCCUGUAUAAUCCUCUUUAAUAAAAUGCAGAAUGUCUGUUAAGUGCACUUGAUCAAUAAAAAUGAGUCAGCAUACCCA